AUGUCUGACCAGGACGGAUCCGAUGGCUUUCUCUCCAAGGGCGAUUUAGCUGGAGCCUUCACAGAGGAGGAAAGGCCUUGUUGGCCAAUCAAAGCAGCUAGGAAAGACCAUUACUCCAUCAUGCAGGAUCACCCCCAAUGGGACCUUUCACAGGUUGAGGACAGUGAGCUGGGGGAUAGAGAGGAAGGGAAACUUCUGUCAGAUGAGGAGGAGGAGUUGGAGGUUCCAGAGCCUAGUGCCUUAGCUGGACCAAUAGUUGAUCCACAUGUGAAAGCAGUAUGGGGGAAGGAUGUUACACUGAAAUGCAUAAUUGAUAUAAAUGAAACAUUAACACAAAUUACAUGGGAGAAGAUACAUGGAAAGAGUGCACAGACUAUUGCUGUUCAUCAUCCUGAAUAUGGAUUUUCCGUUCAAGGAGAAUAUCAAGGAAGAGUAUCACUUAAAAAUCAUUCGCUUACGGAUGCAUCAAUCAUCUUGACAAAUGUUACUUUCUCUGAUUCUGGAGAAUACGUAUGCAAAGCAGCUACAUUUCCUCUAGGAAACUCCCAGUCAUCAACAACUGUAGCUGUAUUGGUUGAACCAAUUGUGAGCCUAACAAAGGGACCAAACACUUUAAUAGAUGGUGCCAAUCAAACAGUUGCAGCCAUUUGCACAGCAGCCACUGGAAAACCAGCUGCUAAUAUUACCUGGGAAGGAGGUCUUGGUGAAAUGGAUUCCACUUCAACUUCAUAUCCAAAUGAAACUGUGACAGUUGAGAGUCUGUACAAGCUUGUCCCCACCAGGUUUGCUAGAGGAAGACGUAUAACUUGUGUUGUGCGACAUCCAGCUUUGGAAAAGGAGAUAAGACAUUCUUAUGUACUAGACAUUCAAUAUUCCCCUGAAGUUACAGUAACUGGAUUUGAUGGUAACUGGUAUAUUGGCCGAGGGAAUGUUUUACUCAGGUGUAAUGCUGAUGCAAAUCCACUACCAAUGGAGUUCACAUGGAGUCGGUUGGAUGGACAAUGGCCUGAAGGCUUACAGCCUUUAAAUAAUACUCUGCAUUUUCUCAGCCCAUUGAUGUACAAUUAUACUGGAACUUAUGUUUGUAAAGUGGCCAAUUCUCUUGGCCAAAAAAGUGCUCAAAAGACCAUCUACAUACUAGAUGUUCCAUUUAAGCAGUCGUCAUCUGUAGCUGUAGCUGGGGCUGUUAUAGGAGCAGUACUUGCUCUGUUUAUCAUUACAAUUUUUGUGACAGUACUACUGACACCCAGGAAGAAAAGGCCCUCUUACCUGGACAAAGUGAUUGAUCUUCCUCCAACACACAAGCCUUCAUCUUUGUAUGAAGAAAGAGCUCACUCCUUGUCUCAGAAAGAAAUAAUACUUCCAAAAGAGCACUUCUCAGUGCAAAAUCAAUACAGAGACAAGGAUCCUGGAAACAUGCAGCAUAAAAAGACAGUAAACUGCAGGCAAUUUACUAACAAUGAUGAAAAUCUCUUGGCUCAAGACAGCCAUCAGCAAAUGCAUUCAACUUACAAGCAAAUGAAUUGCAAAGACUGGAGCAAUAAGAAGCAUCAAAAUCCAGACAAUGGAAGAGUUUACAUCAAUCCUCGGGAACAUUAUGUGUAAUUGACUUGUAACAACUUACAGUCUAAUUACUGUUAUAUACCAUGUUGAUUUCCAUUUGUUUUAUGUUCAGUAAAUAUUUUGUUUUUACUCCACCAUUUUUCUUUGAAACACGUUGAAGAUGAUGGGGGUAGUGGAAAGAUCAGGAAUGCUUAGACCAGAGGGGGUAUUUUUAAUACUUUACAACUAUAAGUGUGUUGGCCAUAAACAUCUCUUCUAAACUCACAGGUUUCUUAAUACAUGUUUGUGAAUUUGUUUGUACUUCAGAUAUUCAUAAGAGUUUAGAAUCCCUUCCCUUGGCCCUUUUGAAUUCUGUUUUCCUUAAACUGAUGGGUUUAAUGAGCACAUGUGACUGCUUCUGAAAAUUAAGGUCCUGUGUCAUUCUUCUACUCAUAGGAGAGCAUCUUUGAAUCUGCCUUCAUGUCUACUUCUAUAAAAUAUCAUUGAUUUGGCAUACUACAGAGGAGGAAAGGCAAUUUCUGCUAAUUCCCCCCUUCACUGCAGAUCUGCAUUUCACUAUGCUGUUCAUGAGGGUCCCCUGACCUCAGGAACAUACUUUUGGCUGCAGUGAAAAGUAGAAGUGGGUUAGUCUAUCACAGAUCCCAUCAGUUUUAAGCAUAUUUCUGAUCUCUGU